AUGAGAGCACAUUUGGGUGGAGGUAAUAUAAUUUUUCCUUCAAAGUUACUUUUAAUAGGAGACGGGAAAGUACCUCAUUUUGAAAAUAGAAUUGAAAUUGAUCGUGAUUUAGGAGAAAGAGUGAGUAACAUUGAGGACUUAAUUUCGAAAGUUUACCCCGACAUCAGCGAAAUAGAAAAUAAAGAUCAUCAAUGGAUGUGUCAAAGGGCAAUAUUGGCGGCGAGAAACAGUAGCGUAGACGAAAUUAAUGAUUUAAUUUUAAGUAAACUUCCAGGAGACAUAGUUACCUACACAUCUAUUGAUAAUGUAAUGGAUCAGGAAGAUGCGGUCCAUUACCCACAGGAGUUUCUUAAUUCUUUGAACCCCAGUGGUCUUCCCCCAUAUUCCCUCAAGUUAAAAAUAGGUGCCCCAAUAAUUUUACUCAGAAAUCUUAAACCACCAAAUUUAUGUAACGGGACCCGACUUCAAAUCAAAUUUCUUCGCAAUAACGUGAUCGUUGCUAUAGUUUUGACUGGUCCAGCAGUUGGUCAAACAGUGCUUAUACCUCGCAUCCCAAUGAUACCAAAUGAUUUACCUUUUAAUUUUGAAAGAAUUCAAUUUCCCGUAAAGCUAUCUUUCGCCGUUACAAUUAAUAAAUCACAGGGGCAAACAUUUAACACGUAG